AUGCCAUUUCCAACGAAGUGCAAGGUUGAAGAUGAUCCGGAAGAAGUCGCCGAGAGAGAACUGGUGAAAAUGAAUGAGGCUCUCGGCAUAACUGUUAGUCGUGGAACAGCGAGAAGUUCUGUUCAAGCUGCGCCACAGCUUUGCCCUGUGAAACCAGCAACGAAGCAUAUCAAAGAGGCUAAAGCUUUGCGUAAGAUGAGAAAUCGUGGAGGUAGAUUUGAUUAUGGUUUGGACUAUGAUGACGAUUAUGACGACCCUGAAGAAGAUGUCGAAGAGGACGAGUACGCAGCGAACGAGCUUUACAAACGUGACUCUUACUCUUCUCAUUCAAUGGGAAUUGGAUCAGUGGAGUCCGAUAUUGAGCGAAGCAUUGAUUCCUUGAAUAGGAAAAGGAGGGAGAGCGAGCAGGCUGCUCGUGUUUACGACUGCUUGGUUGGUGCACUGUCUUCCGAUGACGACGGUAUUCGGGACACCAGCGCUGCAGAUUUGCUUGUCGAAGAAAAGGAUGAGACUCGUCGUGUGCGAAUCAUUCAUGAUGCCAUCUACUCGAUCUGUUCAUUAGAGGAGACGGAGGAAAUCGUUGCUGAUCCCCUCUGUGAAUUUCGCUUAGUGUUGAUGGUUUCGCGUCUCAUUUCUCAGGGCCUGCUAAAGUCCAGCAGCAUUUCUUAUUAUUUGGAGAAUGCUUUGGAGACGAAUCACUCCAUUCGCCUCCUUAAUGCUGCAAACAACAUCGGAGAGGGCACAGUGGACAAGUCAGAACAAAUGCGUGUCGUUGAAAAGCUCGCCAAACAAUUAACUGAAGAGUUCGGUACAGAGCUUUGUCUGGCGACAAUCAAUUCAAUGAAUAUGAAUGCCAUUUGUCAUACUACAUGUGCCAUAGCGGAUAUGCUGAAGAACGACACAUUGGACAAAACUUCAGUGAAUAUUGGCUUUCUUAGACUUUACAAAGAGAUAAUGGACGAGGAGGUGAACGACCCUGUGAGAACGUCUCUGGCUGCGUUGCUUACAAAGUACGCUGUCGCUGAUUUCCAUAUUAUCGACAGAUUUGUGUUCCACAGGUGCCCUACGCCUCGUCGUUUCUUAAAAGCAGAUCCUGCGGGAGUAGUAUCAGUUGUGGAGAAAUGUGGUGAGCAGUGCACAGAACUGAAUUACUUUAGCACAGAGUCUUAG